GUCUAAUACGAGGGCUGGAGGGGCAUGAGCUUCCUUGUGCUUUUUGCUGUUUGCCGACCUGCCUGCCCUGACGGACCCAUAGUCCUGCUCGGAUAUUCAUCUCUGGUGGGUGACAUUUAGGCCAUGUUAUCAUCGGGCUCUUCCCCACGACUCGACAACUUUCACAUUCACCCACAUCAUCUACCUCCAUGACCCAGGAACGAAGCUGAAAAAGACGAAAAAAAAUCCGCCAUCGAAGAUGGCUUCCAGAGGAUCUUGGAGUCUCCUGUGCUUUCUCGCAGCGAUUGCGUUAUGCCGAGGACCGUGUGCGGGCUACGUGCUCGAGGGAAUGCACACGUCGUACGUGGAGUAUCCUCGUUGGUACCCGGGACUCAACAAUACUCUGGAAUUGGAAUUCAAGACGAGAGAGGCGAACGGACUUCUCUUGUACACGGACGACGGUGGUGGACGCGACUUCUUCGAACUGAAGAUCGUGGAGGGUGUGGCUCGUCUCAGGUUUAACCUGGGCGGGAGUGUGCAAUUUCUCACCGUCGGACGCGGUUUGGAUGACGGAAAUUGGCAUCGGAUCCAAAUCGGUCGCGUCAACGAACUCACGCGACUGACGGUGGACUACGUCUCGGAAACGAGAGCCUCAUCCGGUGCCGAAUUUCUCUUCGGCUCCCUUCAAGAUCAACGCGAUCGACAGAACUCUCCCGUGUUCGUCGGGGGACUUCCUUUAUCGUACAACACCCGAUUGAUUCAGUUGUCCCUUCCUAGCGUCAUCUUUGAGCCGAGGUUUUCGGGAGAGAUUCGGAACGUCGUAUUCUCUUCUUUGGAUGGACGACCUCGUCGACAGCCCAUCGUCUCGUCCUCGGGAACCCGUGACGUGGGAAAAGAUCCUUGCGAACAGGAUCCAAACCCCUGCGACAAAUCGAGAGGAGGACUUUGCAUCACGACGGAUGCAGGGACCACGUGCGAAUGCAGGGCUACCGCCAGCGAGGGUGUCUUCUGUCAGUCAAGUUCGGAGCCAGUCGAGGCCACUUUUAUGGGAGGUCAUUUGAUGUACGAUGUGACUCGAUCUGGUGGGGAAGCCAUCGUGUCCAAGAACGACCAACUCACACUCACUUUCAGGACCAAAGAGCCCGACGGACUCCUCUUCUAUACUGGCGAUGGGAGCGACCAUAUAUACGUGAAACUUCAAGAUGGGGGAAUCUGGGCAGGGGUGAGCCUAGGAAGUGGGAAAUGGGAAGCUAGGCUUCGACCUUCUCAUCCGCCAGCCCGAUUCCAUGAUCAACAAUGGCAUACGCUCAACAUGUAUCGAACCCUUCAGCAGAUCCCGGGAUAUGACAACAUCCUUCACAUAACGGUGACGGUAGACGGGGUGUACACUGAACGAGGUAGGACUCCAGGACCAUUCACAAUGCUUACCGCAUCCAAGAUCUACGUCGGCGGGGGAGAAAUGGAAUUAAGACAUAUUCCACCCUUUCGUGGGUGCAUGAAAAAGGUGGAAUAUUCGGCGAAUAACCUGCACUUGAGGCUCUUAGAACUGGGAUACUCCGGAAGCAGCCUGGUGACUUUCAUGGGGAAAGUGGAUUGGGGUUGCCAAGAACCCGAACCUUCCUCUCCCAUCACCUUCACCAAUCCUCUCGCCUAUCUCGUCCGUUUCGCUUCCAUUCCUAUUGCAUAAGGCAUUGUUUUGUAGUCGGACUCGGGUUUGAGACCGUAGCUUUUGACUUGCGCCUUAUAGAUUUGGUAAUUUACUCCUUCUUUCCUCUGGUCUGUUUCUAUCUCUCUCUCUAUCCUCUAGAGAGGUAACAUGGAGGCAGUGAUCACUUUCUUGGAGCCUCUCUCUCACCUGGUAAGAUGAGAGCCCUCCUCCUAGGUUUCUUUUUCUUUUUCCCAUCUCACAUUUUUCUUUCCUUUUUCACUGCACUCGUCUCUUUCGUCGUGCCUAGACCCGCUUCUAGGUGACUUGAUCAAAGAAAAGAAAGCCACUCGAUUUGCACCCGCACAUUGCAGAGCUGCAAGAGACUCACGAUGCACAUUUUUGCCCACUGCGAUAACACGUUUCAUGUUUUGCCUCUUUUUCGUUGCUGUUUCAGUCUCCUGCGGCAACUUGACCACUGCUUCCAUUAUUCAUCCGUACUUAAUUCUUCCUGUCUGCAUGGAUUUCUCACAUUCGUGACAACGGAAUGUCCUUGGCAAAAGCAUGAUCGAUUCUUUCUUGGAUCGCCGUAGAUAUCAUCACGAAUGCCGUCACCUUGACUUUCACAUAUGGGCACGCUUGAGUGUUUCGUUUGACUCGUGAUUAGGUGCUGCCUGGCUGGGAUGCAAAGGCAUCGGGGGCCCUAUCCUUCAAGUUUCGUACCAAUGAAGACACGGGACUCCUUCUCUACGCAGCCGGACAUGAGGCCGACUAUGUUGCCGUGGAGUUGGUGGACGGACAGGUGUACUUACACGUGAAUUUGGGUUCGGGUGCUCUGAGGAUCUUACCGAGUCCCCGUAGAGUCGAUGAUGGAUUGUGGCAUGAGGUUCACCUCACACGAAAUGCACGACAAGGAAGAGUCCUUUUGGACGAUGCUCCUGCAGAUUUCACCACACCGGGCAUCGAAGAGGAACUGAAUCUCGAAGGAAAUCUCUACCUGGGUGGAAUAGGUCCUUCGAGCCAGGCCUUCGUCUCCCCUCCACCCCCUGAGGUCUGGUCUGUCUCCUUACAGCGUGGAUAUGUCGGAUGCCUUCGGGAUUUCUUCCUCAAUGGAGAACCCAUCGAUCUCGCCAGAUACGUCAAUCAACAGGACUCGGAAUCGAUACUGCCGAGAUGCCGGACUACCCGACUGCAGUGCACGAAUCCGGUGUGCAAAAACGGAGGGAUUUGUCACGAGGGUUGGAAUCGACCCCUCUGCGAUUGCUCCAAUACUCCAUUCACGGGACUUCUCUGCCAACGAGAUGCGGCUGUGCUGAGCUUCAUGGGAACGCAGAAGUUUCGAUUGACGAGGCCCCGAGUGAUGAAGACCCAGGCGGAGGAUGUGACGCUGCGAUUUCGCACUUCUCGACCCGAUGGAAUCCUUCUUAUCACUUCUUCCUCUUUAGACGGAAAGAAGCGAGACACAUUGCACAUCGCCCUAGCGGCUAGAAGAGUCCAGGUCUCCCUUCACAUAAACGGGAUCUCCCAGGAGGUGGUGGCUGGUGAGAAUCUGAAUGACAAUAGAUGGCAUAACCUCAAGUACAGAAGGAGAGGCAGGAGUAUUUCGCUUUCGGUCGAUGGAGCUACUCCUGUCGUCGUUGAGCUUCGUGGCGAGGUUUUGACGUUGGAGCAUGAGGUGCUCCAACUGGGGAGUCCAUUUCGACAAUCCCUCUCCCCUUCUGUCAGCUACAAUUCCCGCAUUCAUCAGCCUUACAUCGGAAGCCUUCAGCAUUUGAUUUUCAAUGGGGAAGAAAUUCUGGAACUGGCCCGAGACAAUCUUCUCAAUAACGUGGACAAUACGGCCACAUAUGGACACCGGGAACAAAGACUGCAAGAUGCAGUCACGUUCAAGAACAAACACACAUUCGUCGGACUCGCCGGCUUCGAAUCGCGCGGUCUUCAAGGAGACCUAGGAAUUUAUUUCCAGAUGAAGACCCUGGAGUCCAGUGGACUUCUUCUCUUCAGUGGCGGCAGAGGGGAGAGCAAACACUUUCUAGCAGUGGAACUUGUGAAUGGACACCUGCAAUGUGUGUUUGAUGCCGGUCGAGGACUAGUCGUGAUUCGAGACAAUUUCCGAAGGCAGCUCAACGACAACAGGUGGCAUUCCGUGAGCAUUGGGAUUGGGCAAAGGAAAAGUCAGGGUGAAGACGGAAUCCAACACACCCUCAUGGUCGACUCCCAAAUUUUCACCACUAGCAGCGGAAAUAGGGAGCUCAAGCUGGAUCUGGGAGGCAUCGUCUACCUCGGUGGGAUUCAUCAGAGGAAACUCUUGCCAGGAGCCGUGCUUUCCAAGACAGGGUACAAGGGGUGUCUUGCCAGCCUGAGUCUCAAUGGAGAACCUGUGAAUCCUCUAAAAGAUCCUGUUCUCCACAAUCCCAUGCUCAUCUCUGGAUGCCUUGGUGAUCACGAACAGUGCCACCCUGACACAUGCAAGCAUGGAGGAGUGUGCAUCCAAGAAUGGAGUUCCUUCUCCUGUGACUGUGACCUCACUUCUUUCACAGGACAUACCUGCACCAAUGAGAGUAAUUCAUAUCGCUUUGGGUCUUCGGGAGGUCUAAUCACGCUGACAUACCCCGAGGAGCAGAGAUGGGAUUCUCGUACCGAUAUCCUUGCUUUGGGACUCAUUACAUCCAAGUCUCAAGCUCUUCUCGCCUAUAUAGACAGCUUCACUUCCUCUGAUCGCCUUCAUCUUCAAAUCGUGGAGGGUAGAGUCAUGUUGGGGUAUAGCCUAGGAAAAGGUGUAAGGACGCUGGGAGAUCAUGAAGGGAAGGUGGAUGAUGGUGAAUAUCAUGUUGUGAGAGUCACUCGAUCAGGCCCCAAUGCUACAUUGCAAGUCGAUGAUCGACCUCUUGUCGCAGAAUACCCCUCAGGCCCACACAAUGAACCAUUUGAUGGAAUCAGUCGAAUUCAAGUGGGUGGUCGGUGGAAUGAGCUAAAACAACAGAUUGAAGAGCCUUUCCAAGGCACUGUCUCUGGAUUUGUCUACAAUGGACAGAGAUUGCUGGACAUGGCUGCUUAUGAUGAUCCAUGGAUCAGGCUCCACGGAGAUGUGCAUCUCUUGUCCAAACUCCCAAUCAAACUCACUCAUGAUCACAUGCAAAAGAGUCCUCCAAGUGAGGGACCUACAACAGAUGAUCUGAUACUACCAGAGGGAUCCGGAUGUCUACCUGAAUACAGUGGUGGAUGCAUUUCACUCAUACCACCUGGCACAGAUGAAUUGGUAACACCAGUUUACAUAGCUCCAAUGCCACCAUCAACUCCUCCUCCACCCUCACACAGAAAACAGUGGGAGGAUGGGAGAAGAAAUUGUGAUGAUGAGGAUUGUGAAUAUGGGUCUGGAGAUGGGAUUUAUGAUCCUAUUGAUCAGUCUACCUUCCAGUCUCUCAUUCCUGAGCUUUCUUCUCAAGAAGAGACAACUAAAGGCUCAUUGACGCCAUCAAGUUCAUCAACCACAACAUCCACCACCAGCACUUCCACAACAACAACUACAGAAACUACAUCAACAUCUCAGACCUCCAGAAAGCCAUCAACAACAUUGAAGACAACCACUACGAAAGCCACAACAACCACAGAACGAAGAGGGCCAACUUCAGCCAAGCCUACACCUCCACGUCUAUUUCCUGAGCGUCCUCCAACAGAGGAGUCUACAGAUCUGCCACAUCCCAUUCAGCCUGACUGGAAAAGAAAGGUUGAGGAAUCCCAAAGGGCCAAGAAUGCUGAUGCAAAAAGCAAAUCUGAGACUUCAGAAAGCACAGCCCUCAUUGCAGGCAUCAUUGUGGCUGCAGUGACCUUAAUUGUGUUGGUCAUCUUCCUCAUCAUACGAUUUCGUGGCCGCUCUGAGGGGUCCUAUAAAGUAGAUGAGAGGCAGAGUUAUCAAUAUAGUACUAUCAGUGGGACACCUGGGAGGUAUCGAGGUGACAGACAAGCAGGAUUCAAUGGGAUGUCCACUCAACGUCCAGGACGAUGCAAGAACUCAAAAGACGUCAGGGAAUGGUAUGUGUGACACAUGCGAGGGAUGUGAUACAUCAUCUGUGAUCUCUCUCCCAUUCACUUCCUCACUCUCUACAGAGUAUUGCAAAAAAAGCCAAUGAUUUUUAAUUGCUAUAUAUCAGACUUUGAUCAAACCUCACCAAAUUUUGGGCAAACAUAGCUAGUCUUUAUUCUUCACUAGUUUAUGAAGUAUGUAAAAUCUUUCAUUUCAAAUCAAAGUUAUUAGCAAUAUUCUGCUAUGAGUUUGAAAAUUAAAAUGGACAGCUUAGAAAAUUACUACAGAAUUCCAGAAGCUUUUGGAUGAAUUUUCCAAUCAAAAUAUACUGCAGGACAAUAUAAAUCUCCUAAGUCUCUCAAAGCAAUACAAUUUUGCACAGCACAAUCAUGACCAAGAACAAGAUCAAACAAGCUUUUGCAGUUGCUGCUGCAUUCAUUGAAGAAGUUAUCUAUUCAAAAUUGGACUUUUUUUUCAGAACAUUGGUAAUAACUUUGACAAAUCAAAACAGCUAUUUCCAUUUAGAAAGAAGGAAGGCAAGCUACAUUUGCUUGAAAUUUAAUGAGAUCUACUUGAAGAAGUACUGAGAUAAAUCAACACAAAGUCUUUGUUUUUUUUUUGCCAUACCCUGUACAAAAGGGAAUGCAUAUCAAAGGACAGAGCUGGUACCAGGAUAUGCCAAGCCUAGAAAUAAUUCUACCUCGACAUGAGAUCAUGAAAAUCAUUGUUGUUUUAGUUGCCUAGAGUGUGCUUGUGCUCUUAUUUCAUAUCCUUCAAAAAAUAAUAAAAACUGUUGACCAUGAA